UUCUGGAAGAGCUGCAACUGCCCAGGAGGAAGGGGCAUUCCACCGCUGGACCAACAGAGCGCCCCACUGACCUCAGCUUCUUCGCCUCUGUCACCUCCUUGUACCUACCUCAGGUCACUUUCUUAUCUUAAAGGCCCCAAAUGGAAACUGUCCAGGAGCUGAUUCCCUUGGCCAAGGAAAUGAUGGCCCAGAAGCCAAAUGGGAAGAUGGUGAAGCUGUACGUGCUGGGCAGUGUGCUGGCCUUUUUCGGAGUCAUGAUUGGCCUGGUGGAGACAGUAUGCAGUCCCUUUUCAGCCAUCAGCCGACUUCGGGAGGCAGAUGCAGCCGCUGCCACGUCGCAAGCUGCCAGGCUCCACGAGUCCAGGAGAAGGGAAGCACCGUCUGAGAAAAGCAAGGAGCAAGAAGCUCUGGGAGGCCGGAGCCUCUCCCAUCGCCAGCAUGCCUCCUAAGGGCAGAGCAGACGGGAGAGAAGAGAGCUGCCUCGAGAAUGUGAGAGAAGGCCAUUGAGAGGGGCACCGGAGACCAGGCUGGCGGUUCAGGUGGUCUUGACGCUUCCAUCUGGGAUGUUUCUGAUUUCAGAGAAAGGAAUCUAGGACUUGCCUGAGGCUGAGGCCAAAAGCACCCGCGGUUCCACCUAAAUGUCUGAAGUGUGAGUUUUGCUGCUGUGCAGCAGUAGAGACGGCUGAUCUGUCCUAAUGACCAUAUACAUACCUUUGUGGUAUCUCGGUGCACGCAAUACUCUGCACUACAGAGAAAGGGUGGGGACGUGGUUUUAUAUUAUCAUUAAUAUUAUUAUAAUGAUCACCUUUUGCAUUUUGAAA